AUGAUCACGUGUUGUGUGACCCAUUCACAGCCGGGUAUUUUUCUGCAUAUUAGCUCUGUCGGGGAAGUGUUUAGCUUUGAAUACCGAUUCUCUUUCCCCUUUUUAAAGGGCUGUUUUGAAAUCCUCAAAAUGCCUUCCUUCCCAGAGCUGUAUUUUAAUGUGGACAAUGGUUAUUUAGAAGGACUGGUGAGGGGUUUUAAAGCCGGAAUCCUAACCCAAGGAGACUAUCUAAAUCUUGUUCAGUGUGAAACCCUGGAAGACUUGAAGCUCCACCUGCAGAGUACAGACUAUGGCAGUUUCUUGGCCAACGAGGCCUCCCCACUGACCGUGUCAGUCAUCGAUGACAAACUCAAGGAGAAGAUGGUGGUGGAGUUCCGCCACAUGAGGAACCAGUCCUAUGAGCCGCUGGCCAGCUUCAUGGACUUCAUCACGUACAGCUACAUGAUCGACAAUGUCAUCCUGCUGAUCACGGGCACCCUGCAUCAGCGCGCCAUCUCCGAGCUGGUUCCUAAAUGCCACCCGCUGGGCAGCUUCGAGCAGAUGGAGGCCGUCAACAUCGCGCAGACCCCCGCCGAGCUCUACAACGCCAUCCUUGUGGACACGCCCCUGGCUGCCUUCUUCCAAGACUGUAUAUCGGAGCAGGACUUGGAUGAGAUGAACAUUGAAAUAAUCCGUAACACCCUGUACAAGGCAUAUUUAGAGGCCUUCUAUAAAUUCUGCUCCACCCUGGGAGGAACCACGGCUGACACCAUGUGCCCCAUCCUUGAGUUUGAGGCAGACCGCCGAGCCUUCAUCAUCACCAUCAACUCCUUUGGCACGGAGCUGUCCAAAGAGGACCGUGCCAAGCUCUUCCCCCACUGUGGCAAGCUCUACCCAGAGGGCCUGGCGCAGCUGGCCCGCGCAGACGACUACGAGCAGGUCAAAGCCGUGGCAGACUACUACCCCGAAUACAAGCUUCUGUUUGAAGGAGCAGGCAGCAACCCAGGAGACAAGACUCUAGAGGACCGCUUCUUUGAACACGAGGUGAAGCUAAACAAGCUAGCUUUCCUGAACCAGUUCCACUUCAGCGUGUUCUACGCCUACGUCAAGCUGAAGGAGCAGGAGUGCAGGAACAUUGUGUGGAUCGCUGAGUGCAUCGCCCAGAGGCACCGCGCCAAGAUCGACAACUACAUCCCCAUCUUCUAAUCACUCAAAUCUCCCAAUCGCAAUCGCUGAUUCUCUGAUCGAAUCUCUCCUCUGUGUGUGUGUAUCUCUCUCUCUCUCUCUCUCUCUCUCUCUCUCUCUCUCUCUCUCUCUCUCUCUCUCUCUCUCUCUCUCUCUCUCUCUCUCUCAUUCUGUUUUCUCUUGAGUUCCACCUCUAAUCCAUUCGUACCACAAACUUUUUUAUUUAUUGUUGUGAUUUUUUUUUUUUUUUUUAAAGGAAAGCACUUGCACUGCUCUGUUCCUAAGAAAAAACCCCCCUAUCUCGCUAUCAGACGGAGAAGGCUCUUCCAGAAAGACAUUUCUACUUCAAACGCCUUGAAAAACUCCCUAAGCAGUUAAUCAACUUGUACUGACAUCAUGUUUACGUCCUGAAAGAACAUUUCUGUGUGACAACAACCCCCUACCCCCUUCCCCAACCCCCCGUGAAAUCUCCUCACCCCAAGCCGUGGCCUUGGUCACUCCGUCCAACAUUCCCUGCAUUCCCAUUGGCUUAAUUAGUGGAGGGCUAACUUCUCACUGUCGCGACAGUCUUAGCGGUGGUGUGUGGAGAGCUGAAGGUACGGUAGUGUGGUUGGUUGGAACUUCACGCAUCUCUGCCAAUAGCAGUAGGCAUUGUGCUUUACCGUAACUCGCUAUGCACUGUUGGGGGCAGUGGCGACCCAAGAUGCAUCUCACAUUUUGCGAUCUAGGGUGGCUGUCAAGUGACUCCAUCAAUCACUGUCAGUGGCAGUGUCAGUUAUGUGCCUCAAGGGAAAAUGAUGGUGAUGAAUAUUCAGUGUCCAAUGGUACCGUACAUUCCACUACAAGUCGAUAUCCUUCAUCUUCUCUGGUUUUUGUCAUGUUGUGAAUGGAGUGGAGUCGUAGGCCUGUUGUUGGUGUAGUAUUCAAUCCUUUCCCCCCUGGUUCGAGACCUGAAAAAUUUACUCGUAGAAAAACAUUAGUGUAUAUUAUUAAAAGAAAAAGAAGGUAGAAAAGAAAAUUGUUGCAUUGUUCACCUGUGGUGAUUUUGUCUGGAGUUAGUGGGUGUGCUGUUUGAGCUUUGUUGCUGAUAUUUAUGUAAAGGAUUCUAAAUAUACAUGCGAGUAAUAUGAUGAGUACUAACAUUCAGAGGCUGAACACUGCUCCAGACAAACGCUCAGAUGAAACCCUGUGUCCCCUUACUUUACUUUGUGCAAAGAAAUAAAUGUAUUGUUUGUUGGAAAUGCGCAAAGUGAACGUUAUACACAUGAACAUGAGUAUAUUUAAAAUAUAUAUAUAUAUAUAUAAAUAAGAUUUUAAAACGUUGGUGUGUCUUUGUUGCAUUGGAUGAUGUUUUCUGUUUCUUGUUGUAAAUGUGAAAUUAAAAGCUGUAUGAAGUA